GAGAGAUUCAGAGGAGGUGCGCGGGAAAUCGGAGCUGCCGGAUCCCCUCACUUCGGGAGGUGACCAUGGCUCAGAAGAUCUUUUCAUUAGCAGCAGAGGAAAACACAGAUGGACUUCAAAAGUAUCUUGAGAGCCUUGAAGACACUGAGCUGACAGAUAUCAUCAGAAAGCAUGUUGUUAAAGGGAAAGAAUCUGGAAGCUUUCUACGAGCCAUCUUCAAAGGAUCCCCGUGUUCUCAGGAUCCAGGACUUCACCGGAGGCUUGUGGUUUAUAGGCACUGCAUACAACUUGUUGAGUCUGGGGACUUACAGCAAGAAGUUGCCUCUGAGAUUGUGGGGCUGUUAAUGCUGGAGGUUCAUCAGUUACCUGGACCGUCCCUCAUUGAGCUGGCUAGUUUGUUUGUGGAUGCUGUGAAAAGCGGGAGUUUCAGUAAUGGAAAGUCUCUGGAGAUGUUUCCCACUAUCCUCACUGCUCUCUCUUCUAAGGAAAGCUUAGCCUAUGGCAAAGGUGAACUCACUGGAGAAGAAUAUAAGAAGCAGCUUAUAAAUAGCUUGUGCUCUAGCAGAUGGGAUUCGCAUUGCGUGAUUCACCUCACUUCUAUGUUUAGGGAUGUUCCUCUAAGCUCGGAGGAACUGCAGUUUGUUGUGGAAAAGGUUUUAAGAAUGCUUUCUAAGCUAGAUCUUCAGGAAAUGCCUCCAUUGGUUUACCAGCUGCUUCUGCUUUCUGCCAAGGGAUGCAAAAGGCAUAUAUUAGAAGGAAUAGUCACUGUUUUUAAUGAUCUGGAUCAAAAACAGACAGAGGAACAGAGAAAUGCUGAGUCAUUGGACUUAGAAGAUGAAACAAUCCCACACGACCAACUCCGUCAUGUGGAGGGCACAAUCAUUUUACACAUUGUCUUCGCGAUCAAACUGGAUCAGGACUUGGGUAGAGAGUUUGUAAAGUAUUUAAAGUCCGGUCAGCAAGGGGACACAAGCAAGAUCCUUUGUCCUUUCAGCGUUGCACUCUUGCUGUCUGUAUCAAGAAUACAAAGGUUUGAGGAACAGGUGUUCGACUUCCUGAAAACAACUGUGUUGAAAGGAUUUAAAGAUUUGCAGUUUCAACAAGGCUCAAAAUUUCUCCAGGAUUUGGUUCCUCAGCCAAUUAGUAUUUCAUCAAUGCUUCUGGAAACGGUGAAAAAUAGUGGCUAUGGUUGGGAUCAUGUCACGCAGGGCCUUGUGGAACUUGGUUUCAUUUUAAUGGAUUCAUUUGGGCCGAAGGCUUCUGCAGCAGCAAAAGCACCAGAAAUUGCUUCAGCAACUCCGAAAACACCCCCGCAGCAAUCUUGUCAGCUGGGAUCCAAAAUUUUACUGGAAACUUUUAAGGUUCAUGAGCCAAUCAGAAGUGAAGUCUUGGAGCAAGUCUUGAAUCGUGUUAUAACAAGGGCCACUAGUCCUAUCAGUCACUUUAUAGAUCUGCUGUCGGAUAUUGUAGCGUCUGCUCCGCUUAUUCUUCAGAAUUCAUCCUCUAAAGUGACUGAAGCCUUUGACCAUUUGGGAUACCUUCCCUUGGCUACAGUACAAGGCCUACUUAAAGCUGUGCAGCCUCUUCUCAAAAUUAGUAUGUCCAUGAGAGAUGCGCUAAUCCUCGUGCUUCGAAAAGCAAUGUUUUCAAGUCAGAUAGAUGCUCGGAAAUCUGCUGUUGCUGGGUUUUUGCUGCUCCUAAAGAAUUUUAAGGUCCUCGGGAGUUUGUCGUCCUCCCAAUGCAGCCAGGCCAUUGGCGCUAGCCAGGUGCAGGUGGAUGUCCAUGCACGAUACAACUCUGCUGCUAACGAGGCCUUUUGCCUGGAAAUCCUGGGCAGCCUUAGAAGGUGUUUGAGCCAGCAAGCUGAUGUGAGGCUUAUUCUUUAUGAGGGUUUUUAUGACGUGCUACGUCGGAAUUCCCAGCUCUCCGGUUCCAUUAUGCAGACUCUCCUAUCUCAGUUAAAGCGAUACUAUGAACCAGAGCUUGACCUGUUACCACCAUUAAAGCUGGAAGGAUGCAUUACAGCUCAAGGAGAGCAGAUAUUUUUGCAAGAACCACUGGCACAUUUACUGUGCUGCAUUCAUCAUUGCUUAAGCUGGUAUAAGUGCAGCUUACAGCAGCAGAGAAACAGAGAUGAUGAUGAUGACGACGAUGAUGUAACAGGAUGCCAACAAGACCUUGAUGAAACUAGAAGAAUGAUUAAAUGUGACCUGGAAGAUUUUGAGUUGGACAAGUCUGCGGACUUCUCUUUGGCAUCUAGUGUUGGUGUGAAGAAUAAUAUCUAUGCAGUUCUGGUCAUGGGAAUUUGUGAGGUCCUGAUUGAAUAUAACUUCACUACAGCAAAUUUUAGCAAAAGCAAGUUUGAAGACAUUCUUGGCUUGUUCAAGUGCUACAACAAGCUGUCUGAUAUUUUAAAAGAGAAAUCUGGCAAAGGCAGGGCAGCUGGAAACCAUAAGCUGUCCAGAAGUCUUCUUUCAAUGCGUUUUGUUUGUACCCUUUUGACUGCAUUAUUCAGAGACAGUACCAAAACCCAUGAAGAGAGCCUUUCUAUUCUUCGUGCAAAUCUGGAUUUCAUGCGCUACGCAAUCUCUGUUGCGCUGCAAAAAAUUCAGCAACUGGAAGAAACGGGAGCAACAGAUGGACCCGAUGGUCAAAAUCCUGAAAAAAUGUUUCACAGCAUCUGUGAGAUAUCACGGGUACUCCUGUGGAGGUACACAUCAAUCCCUACUGCAGCUGAAGAUUCUGGGAAAAAGGACAAAGGGAAGAAUAUAUCCAUGCUGUGUCUGGAGGGCUUGUUGCACAUAUUUCACACAAUCCAGCAACGUUAUCAACCAAAGAUCGCACAGUUCCUUGCUGCUUUGGAUGAUGAAAGUGAGGAAGACUCUAAGGAAAUGACUGAGAAAGCUGCUUUUCAAAUUAAGCAGUUUCAGAGGUGUCUCAUGAAUCAGAUCAGCGGUGAAGAAGAUGACUUUAACAGCAAAGAGGCAGUCUUGUUGGUUAAUGUCCUAACUGUGUUGUCCAGAUUACUGGAACCCUCAUCUGUACAAUUUGUACAGAUGCUUUCUUGGACUGUCAAAAUUUCCAAAGAAAGCAACUUUGAGGAUGUCCAGUUCUGUAGGGGUCUAAUGAACCUUCUGUUUAGUCUCCACUCCCUGUUCAAAAGUCCAGUGAGCAUUCUCCGUGAGCUCUGCCAGGACAUCCAUGGGCACAUAGGGGAUAUUGAUCAGGACAUUGAAGUGGAGAAGCAAUCUCAUUUCGCCAUUGUAAAUAUGAAGACUGCAGCCCCCACGGUCACUCUCAUGGUUUUAGGUCAAGCCGCAAAGGUUUUGGAAGAGGUGGAUUGGCUGAUUACGAAGCUGAAAGGACAGCUGGCUUCAGAGAAGAUAAUUGAAAGUGCCACUCAGGGAGUGAAUCCCAGAGAACCCGUGGAAAAGGCUAUCAUUCUUCAGUUGGGGACGUUACUGACCGCGUGCCACGAGCUGGUACAGACGGCCCUUCCCAGCGGAUCCUGUACUGACUCUUUACUGAAGGAGUUGGCAAAAAUGUACAACAUCCUAACAUCUCUCAUCAAAUAUUAUCUGCAGGUUUGUACCAGUCAUCUGGGACAGAUUCCUGCUCGCUUGGAAAAACUGGUUAAACUAUCUGGCUCCCAUCUGACUCCGCAGUGCUAUGCCUUCAUUACAUACGUACAGAAUAUUCACAAUGAAAGUCUGAAUGCUGCAGGAGAAAAGAAGAAGAAAAAGAAAGAGGAUGCUGCUGCGAUGGCUACAGCAAAAAUCCUUCGGGACACCAAACCAAUCCCCAACCUGAUCUUUGCCAUCGAGCAAUAUGAGAAAUUUCUCAUCCAUUUGUCUAAAAAGUCAAAGGUGAAUUUAAUGCAGUACAUGAAGCUGAGCACCUCACGAGACUUCAGGAUAAACGCAGCUACGCUGGAUGCAGCUUUACAGGAAAAGGAGUCCGACGAUGAGGAGAACGAGCCAGACAACAAUGAGUCAGUGGCAGAGGAGCAUGAAAGUCAAGAACCAAAAAAGAAAAGAAGAAAAGUGAAAUAAUUUAUACAGAACGCUAAAUAAGUAUAAAAGAAAUUUUCU